CAGUGCUUCAGCAGUGCCCAGAGCCCAGCUUUGUUCCCUGCUCAGAAGGCAGCCAGAAAUUCUUUGUCUGUGUGAUUUUGGCCUGGCAAGGUGCAGCUGGAGGUUUCCGGGAUGUCCCCUGCCCUUCCCAGGCAUUGUGGAGCUGGUGGAGGUGCAUCCCAUGGCAGAGGGAGCAAUUGAUACCACCUGAGGAGGUGUGUCAGGAUGGGGAAAAAGUGCUGUGAAAGCCCAGUGGAACAGGAGACAGACUGAAGGAGCAGAGGAGAGAGACUGGAGGCACAGCUGACCAGGGCCUGAUAUCAGCCCUGCCCUGAAAGUGCCUCGGCUGGGUAGGAGAGGGCAGGAUCUCACGUUCUGCUGGGUUUUGAGAGUUCUUCAUGAAGAGGAUCUGCCCAGCACCAGGGACAGCCUCUGUUCCGAGUAACUUGCUCCACAGCUGCAGCAGCAGCAGCACUGCACGGCCCCGGCAAUCCCGCGGCUCUCCGGCGGGUGUCAGCAUCGGAGAGCUCUUCCCGGCUUGGGAUCGAGCUCUGGGGGUGUGGGAGAGGGAAGGGUUCAGCAGAGCAGCCACCACUGCGGGCUCUGGGCUGCCCUGGAGACUCAGUUGUAGCCUCCAGACAAGUCAGCGUGUGCUGCCUUCCCCAGCGCUGAGGAUGGAGAGACAGGAGGUGAGACCCCAUCACUCAUCCACAGGGAUGGCAUCUGCUCCUGGGAAUCUGAGCCUGCACACACAGACUUCUGGCACAGAACUACUGCAUGGAGGCACCCAGAGGUCUGAGGAUGGCUCUUCCUGGCUCUUUGCUCAGGACUGGCAGUGGCCAGCACAACUUAGCCAGGCGUGGAACGUCGCUGCUUCGGCACAACUCGGUGCUGCAGUUUCUGAAGUCCAAGAUAGUCUCUGGUCGAGCGAAGGGAAAAUACUGCACCUCCUGAAGUCAGGUCCCUGCUCCCCUCCUGCAGCUUUUCCAACUGGUCCAAAAGGGGAAGGAAUGACAGUAAAUGUGGCUGGGGCUCCCCUGAGGCUCCAGGUAUUGGAGGUGCCUUGCCUGGAGCAGCUCUGCCAGGGCCAGGAGCAGCUCAGCACUGGUUGGGGGAGAAACAUGGAGGCUGAAGGGCCAUUAUCCCGAGCUGCUGUUGGACACAGAAGGGAGGAAGGACAAGCUGUGGGCAGAAAGCUUUGCUGGCUGUGGAAGCGGGUCCUUGUCACAGGCAGGUUCUGCCUCAGGCACCCUCACCUGCCUGAGAACCUCGGCUCAGUGGCACCAGAGCUGCCCCCAUUUGCCAUGGGCUGAACACAUGAGCAGAGACCUUCCCCUUCCCAGGCACAGCCCCUGCCCUGGGCCUGCACAGCUGGCCGAGCUCCAGGGGUAACAAGUCCCACUAAAGCUCAGGGUGAGCGAGGUUUGCUCCUGCCCAAGAGGUCCCAGGACAGCUCUGCCCAGGGCUGGGGAAGCAGGGAGGUGUCCAGGGCUCUGCAGAGUCCUCAGCAAACCUAAAAUACACUCAGGUGUGUGGGACGACGAUGCAGCUGGGGUGGGGUAAGAUUUAAAGAACUGGUAGGGCCUCAGACUUGGGCUUAUUUUCUCCUGUAGAAGGAACAAAGCUGAGCAAGAUGUUCCAGGGAAGGAUCCAGAGUCAUUUGUGUCACCUCGUGAUGUAGGCAGUACAGGAGGCCUUCAAAAUGGAAAAGGUGCUCUUCCCUUCCCCCAUUUAAUUAAAAGUGUUGUGGAAAUAAAA